AUGGCGAGACCCCCCUCUAGCGGGGGCAAGGGGAGCGGGCGGGCCGCCGCCGGGCCUCGCUCGACGCACCGGCAAACGGGAUCGCGGGGAGAAGCCCUCCAGCGCCGGGGGAAAGGGCCUUCCUCGGGCAGCGCGGCGGCGGCUGCCGAGGCCCGGGGCGGCCGCCUGCCCCGGCCUCGGCAGCGCGUCCCGCCGUUCCUCCCGCCGGCGAGCGGAGCGGAGCGGAGCCGAGCGCGGCCGCAGCGUUCCCGCCGCCGUCUCGGCCCGCCGCCACCGCAGCAGGCGGGCGGAUGCGCUCCCCGGGAGCGCAAGGGCUUUCCGCGCUCGGCUCCCGCUGUCCCCCCGCCGCCCUUCGCGGCGGCCGACCGGCGGGCUCCUUGCCGGCCACCGCCUCGGUCUGCACCGCCGGCGCGGAUCGGGGCCGGGGGGCGCUCCCCUUCCACCCCUCCGUCUCCGUCGCACGGGCAGGAGGAGCGCGGUGUUGCACAACCCGCUUCCUUUUUCUUUCGCUUCGCUGCGCCGCGGGCAGCGGCGGCGAGUGCGCGGGGCGCCGGUCUCCACCGGGGGAGGGGGAACGGACCGCUACCGCCCGCCCGCUCCCCGCAAACUGCAGCGCCGACACGGCCCGCCGGCUGCGCGGCCUCGCGGGGAGGGUCGCGGUCGUGCGUGGGGAACACCGCCGGGCCCCGCGCCCCGACCGACGGGGCCGACUGA